AUGGUCGGACUGAAGCCCACUGACAUCCCUCCAACUGCUACUGUUAAGUUCCUGGGUGCUGGGAUGGCAGCAUGCAUAGCAGAUCUCUGCACCUUCCCUCUGGACACGGCGAAAGUCAGACUGCAGAUCCAGGGAGAGUCCAAGCCUACCAAGAGCGUGAAGACCAUCCACUAUAAGGGCGUCUUUGGCACAAUCACCACCAUGGUGAAGACGGAAGGUCCCACGAGCCUGUACAAUGGCCUGGUGGCUGGGCUCCAGCGUCAGAUGAGCUUCGCUUCCAUUCGUAUCGGGCUGUACGACUCCAUGAAACAAUUCUACACCUCCACGGGAUCGGAGAAUGCCGGCAUUCUCACCCGGUUGCUGGCGGGCUGCACCACCGGAGCCAUGGCAGUCACGUGUGCCCAGCCGACCGACGUGGUCAAGGUGCGAUUCCAAGCCCACGUGAGGCUGACGGAUGGAACCAAGAAAUACAAUGGGACUGUGGAUGCCUACAAAACCAUCGCCAAGGAGGAAGGGGUCAGAGGCCUCUGGAAAGGGACGUUACCCAACAUCACCCGCAACGCCAUCGUGAACUGCGGAGAGAUGGUUACCUAUGACCUCCUCAAGGAGAUGCUGCUGAAAUAUCAUCUAAUGACAGACACUUUUCCUUGCCAUUUUGUCGCUGCUUUCGGAGCUGGGUUCUGCGCCACUGUGGUGGCUUCGCCCGUCGACGUCGUGAAGACGAGAUACAUGAAUUCCACCCGUGGCCAGUACAAAAAUGCCUUGAACUGUAUGCUCACCAUGGUGAUCCUGGAAGGACCCACAGCGUUUUACAAGGGGUUCAUGCCCUCGUUCCUGCGGUUGGGAUCCUGGAACGUGGUGAUGUUUGUGACCUACGAGCAGCUGAAACGCGCCGUGAUGCUGGCCCAUGAGACGUAG